AUUCAGAUUUUAAUUUGCCGAGAGAAGAAGUGGCUGAUCACGGGCUAUUCGAACUAUCGCGAGACUUCCCUCCCCACUAUUUUCGUGACCACGUCAAGGGAACCCAGAAGUUAGAAAUCAUGGCGGAGCGCAGGAGACACAAGAAGCGAAUUCAGGAGGCCAGUGAACCUACCAAAGACGAGAAGGCAGUGGCCAAGUACCUGCGCUUUAACUGCCCCGCCAAAUCCACCAACAUGAUGGGACACCGAGUGGAUUACUUUAUAGCUUCCAAAGCAGUCGACUGUCUGCUGGAUUCAAAGUGGGCCAAAGCAAAGAAGAGCGAGGAAGCUUUGUUCACAACCAGAGAGUCAGUGGUGGACUACUGCAACAGGCUCCUGAAGAAGCAGUUUUUCCACCGAGCUCUGAAAGUGGUGAAGAAGAAGCCAGAGAAAGAUGCAAAGAAAGAGAAAGAAAAAGAGAAAGAAAAGGAUAAGGCUAAAAGUGACAGUGGCAAAGAAGAGGAGAAAAAAGGCAAAAAGGACAAAGAUAAAAAGAAGGACUCUGAGGCUGCAGACACAAAGAAGGAAAAAAAUGAUGACAGUCCAGGAUCUCCAAAGAAGAAGAAGGAUGUGAAAAAGAAAUUCAAGCUGGAACCUCAUGAGGACCAACUUUUCUUGGACGGCAACGAGGUUUACUUUUGGAUUUACGAUCCAGUCCACUUCAAAACCUUUGCCAUGGGCUUGAUUCUUGUGAUUGCCGUCAUCGCAGCCACUCUGUUCCCACUGUGGCCCGCUGAGAUGAGAGUUGGUGUGUAUUACCUGAGCGUGGCUGCGGGAUGCUUCGUCGCCAGCAUACUUCUUUUGGCCGUUGCUCGUUGCAUCCUGUUCCUGUUCAUCUGGUUGGUGACCGGUGGCCGUCAUCACUUCUGGUUCCUGCCAAACUUGACAGCUGACGUGGGAUUUAUCGACUCCUUCCGCCCCCUCUACACUCACGAAUACAAGGGCCCGCGCUCCAGCUCCAAGAAAUCCAGCAGUGAGAAAUCUGACACCAGAGGUGCAGAUUCAAGCAAAGCUCAGAAAUCAGAUAGCGAGGACAAAUCGGACAGCGAGAAGAAAGACGGCGAUGAGGAAGAGGAUGAAGAAGACAAUAAAGAAAUUGAGGCGAGUGAGGAAGCAGGCGCAGAACGUCAGUCGGACACGGACAGUGACAGGCGAGAGGAUGAAGGGUCACAGCACAGCAACGGCAACGACUUUGAAAUGAUCACCAGAGAAGAGCUGGAGCAGCAUACAGAGGAAGAGGAGGAGGAGGAGGAGGAGGAAGAUGAUGAGGAAGAGCCAAGUGAGACAAAGCCCUUGACUGUUCAGACAUAAACGUUUUCCUCACGCCUCACACAUACUCCCAUGCUCCAUGUGGACCUGCUGACGUACUUCUGUCAUGUUCAGAAGAUGUUUCCCAUUUCUGUUCAGGCUGAGAUCUUCCUCUGAAAACAGACUUAAAGGUUAAACGAGAGCAGGAAACAGCUACUAUGACAAUGAAAAGAUUUCCCUGAAAAUACUUCCCCCACUAUGGAUGCAACAAGUCUCCCUGUUUCUCUGGUUUUCUUUUUCUUUCAUGUUAUAACUAUCUAAUGUCAAGGAUUUUGUUGUAUAAACAUGUCGGUAAUGUUAAGAA